AUGGCAUUUUAUUCUGCCACUGAAGAUUUCUCCCAAGCCCAUGCACUUAUACCCACUGGGUUGGCAUCAACAUUAUUACUAGAGGUGUGCCCUAAAAGCUUGGAGUCGAAUGCUGUUGCAUUGUGCCCGCUGAACUGCAUCGUAGCCGUGUCCCAGCACAUGGGCACCGGCAAAAAUGGCGACCUCCCCUGGCCCCCACUCAGGAGAGAAUUCAAGUAUUUCCAAAGAAUGACCACAACCUCUACAGUAGAAGGUAAACAGAAUCUGGUGAUUAUGGGUAGGAAAACCUGGUUCUCCAUUCCUGAGAAGAAUCGACCUUUAAAGGACAGAAUUAAUAUAGUUCUUAGUAGAGAACUCAAGGAACCCCCACAAGGAGCUCAUUUUUUGGCCAAAAGUUUAGAUGAAGCCUUAAAACCUAUUGAGCAACCAGAAUUAAACAAUAAAGUAGACAUGGUUUGGAUAGCAGGAGGCAGUUUUGUUUAUAAGGAAGCCAUGAAUCAGCCAGGCCAUCUUAAACUAUUUGUGACACUGGUCAUACAGGAAUUUGAAAGUGACACAUUUUUCCCAGAUAUUGAUUUGGAAAAAUAUAAACUUCUCCCAGAAUACCCAAGUGUGUUUUCUGAGGUCCAGGAGGAAAAGGGCAUUAAGUACAAAUUCGAAGUAUACGAGAAGAUUGAUUAAUGUAAAGAUGUUUUCUGGUUUAUUUCAAGUUGUGCCAAACCCUUCCCCCCUUAAAAUUAAUGUAUUUUUACAU